GUCAGAAGCAAUUGUUGAGAGCUGAUUUGCUGGCUUGUGCACCAAUUGAAACCCGACUGUAUUCUCCGACUACCCGCUCUCUUGUCUUCUUGUUCCCUUUCAACAUUCAACAACAUUACAAAAAAGAAAGUACAACGCCUCCAGAAACAGCGUUUGUCCAGUCUUAUCUACCCCUCCCAUAACAUCCCGGCCCCUCUUCCAAGAUGGCGGCUAUGCUCGAGUUCCGUACGCAGGGCUACAACCCAUAUGCGGUUAAAUAUUCACCAUAUUACGAUUCGCGCAUAGCAGUUGCUGCUUCCUCGAACUUUGGUAUUGUCGGCAAUGGCCGCCUCUUCACUCUGGGCCUCACGGCGCAAGGCAUACAGGUCGAAAAGGCAUUCGAUACAAACGAUGCACUAUAUGACCUUGCGUGGUCUGAAAUCAACGAAAACCAGGUCAUUGUCGCUUGCGGAGAUGGCUCUCUCAAGCUGUUUGAUCUCGGCGUUAACGACUUCCCCGUCAUGAACUUCCACGAGCACAAGCGCGAGACCUUUUCGGUCUGCUGGAAUCCUGUAACAAAAGAUACAUUCAUUUCUAGCUCUUGGGACGGAACUGUAAAGAUUUGGUCGCCAACAAGAAGCCAUUCUAUCAAGACGCUCCCCAUUGGCAACUGCACAUAUAGUACAUCGUUUUGUCCCUCAAAUCCAGCCCUUAUAUCAGCCGUCUCCUCUGACUCUCAUCUGAGACUUUUCGACCUCCGUACACCCUCGUCUGCCAAAUACCACCUAGUUUCCACAAUACCAGUCCAUUCCGCCGGCCCGUCGGGCGGUAGCCCUCCUGCCGAAGUACUGACGCACGAUUGGAACAAGUACAACGAUACUGUGGUUGCUACGGGUGGCGUUGAUAGGCUCCUGCGAACCUUUGAUAUUCGAAACCCGACAGGUGGGCCCUUGACACUGAUGCAGGGCCAUGAAUAUGCCGUUCGCAAGGUCGCUUGGAGCCCUCAUUCAGCUGACAUCCUCCUCUCUGCCAGCUACGACAUGACCGUACGAUUAUGGAAUGAUGGAUCCGGUGGACAGCCGAGUAUUGCUCCUCAAGGACCACAAGGCCUGCGUCUGGGUCAGCAGAUGGGCAUCAUGAACCGACACACUGAAUUUGCCACUGGCGUAGACUGGUGUCUCUUUGGUGCAGGCGGCUGGGUCGCAUCAGUUGGAUGGGAUGAGCGGGUGUUACUCUGGGAUGCCAAUAUGCUCAUGGCCCAGCGCUAAGCUUGGGUAGGCCCAGAAAGAAGAAGAUGUUCAUAAAAAUUGGCGGUGGCGAGGGUGUCCUUACUACCCAGUUUUGUUUUUUUCGAUAUAACCAUAGCGUUGCUGGCUGCCCUCUUAUUCAUAGAAAAGAUAUAGGAAGGGAAUUGAUUUUAUAAAGUCUAUAUGCAAACAGCUUUUUGGAGCUUUUCAAGUGCUAGGAGAGAUUGUCGUUGCUUUUCUGGUUGCCCCCCGGAUACGCCAAACAAACAACCCAGAGAGUGUGUCUAUAAUACAAAAUAUGUCGUGCCAUACGACUCAAAGAUCCCAUCGUUUGCGAUGUAGCGGAAAAGAAAAUGAAAUAUAGAAUACAGGGAAUUGUGAGGCAAACAACCAUGCCAACGUAUGGAGUGGCCGGUGUGCUGAUUGCCUCUAUUCCAAUAAAUAGUACAAGUCUUUACCAGCUAGACUCCUCCUCUUUGUGUCGAGGGUAUGAGUCUCGUCGAGAGAAGCGCUCUCUUCGCUUAGAAGGGAAACGGCCAGAGUCGCGUCCCCGACCACCAAAUCUGUCGGAACCUCUGCCACGGUCAUCUCGGCGGACGUUUCGACGCAUGUUGUCGAAUGCGUCACCACGAUUACCUCGGUCGUCUCGGUCAUCCCGAUCGUCGCGGCUGGAUCUCUCAUCUCGAGAGAAUCCUGUCCGAGGUGGUGAGUUGAUGUUCAGAUAGCGGGUGCUGAUUCCAAGGUUUCUGGCCCACGAUGUCGAAACUGGAGGUGGUGCCUCCCAACCCCAGCCUUCAACGACCCACUGCUGUAAUUCUUGUGCAAGCUCUUCUCGGCUUCCCAUGUGAGCACCGAAAACAGAAGUGUAUGUGCUUCCGAGAAGGUUCGAGGGCAAACGAGAAUAGAGCUGAGCGGUAUCAUCCACAUAGCUGGUUUCUCCAGCAGCACCAGGGCUUGCCGUCGCACUCUCUAACGAUUCAUUGGGCUUGAUGGGUAAGCCCUUUAACAUGUUUCUUGUUGUUCGAAGGGAUGACGGAGGGAGAAGAAUCCAGCCUUCACCAUCCUUUCCUUGGCGACCGGUCCUGCCGAGACGGUGGAUGUAGGAUUCACGAUCACGAGGGCAGUCGACCUGGAUAACGUGUGUGACAUCUGGGAAGUCCAUUCCGCGGGCGGUGACGUCGCUAGAAAACAGAAUGGCGCUGGAUGCUGAGCGGAAGAAGUCGGCAGCGCGAGUUCGCUGGUUCUGGGUGAGUGCUGAAUGAAUCGCGUACGUCUGGACAUUCAUGUCGCCAGACUUGCGGCGCAUGUAAGCUAAUUCGCCAGCCAUCUGCACAAGCGCCGUUGUAUUAAAGUAGACAAUGGCCUUGAAAGGCUUAGCAUCAGGCUUGGAUUUUGCCUUGGCUGAUUCACGGUCGAUCAGCUCAAAGACGCUGGGGAAGACAUUCUUCCAGCCAUCUAACUUGACAAUAUUCUGAGGAAUUCGGUCGUGCGUGAGAGACUCAUUCUCAGGAAUAGUCUGAAUAAACUCAAAGUCGUCUGGGCGGACCAUUGUACGGGCGAGACGGAUGACGUUGUCGGGGAUCGUAGCGGACACAAGCAUCGUCUGGCGAACCUUUUGGUCGGGGCUCGGCAAAAGAUCGACAAUGCUCUUCAGUUCUUGCUCAAAACCAGUAUCGAGCAUACGAUCAGCCUCAUCCAAGACCAUUGCGGCCAGGUUAGGGGCUUCUAUGCCACUUCGAGGGUCGCUAAGCAGAUCAUGAAGACGGCCAGGGGUAGCAAUCAGUAGGUGGCAACCCAUACGGCGCGCUCUUCGGAGCAUUUCACUUUUUUGGGUACCACCAACAGCGAUCUGCACAACCAAUCCAGUGUUCUUAACAAGCAUCUUAGCUUCCUCGGCAAUCUGCAUUGCCAGCUCACGGGUUGGCGAGAGAACAAUACCGCGGAUAUCGUCGCAUCGAGCCUGGCGGAGGGCUUUUCUGUGGGCAAGGGAGGGAUCUUCGUGUAGCAUACGCUGGAGGAGAGGGAGCAGGAACGCAAUUGUCUUGCCAGUUCCAGUCUUAGCUUGGGC